CUAUCCGAGCAGUAUGCUUAUUAGUGUUAUCCGCAGUUGUUAGCGCAGCUCUGAUACUUCUCGCUGCAUGAUACUCGUAUGACAUAAUAGUAAACGGCCGAAAGUGAUUGAGAGUGCCAUCGGUAUUCAUAAAACUAUACUUUUACAGUAAAACUGCGUUAUGGCGUAACUUUAAACAUAUAUCAGUGGGUUGUCGACUAUGACGUUAUGAAUAAUUUGAUGUUAUGAGUCGUAUGAGUUGGUAAUAGUGAUCAAUCAAAAAUAUCCGUAUGGACGCCCGCUCGCCAGUCGCGAAACAGGAUAUCUGGUCUUCCCCAUAAGGACAUGGGCUAUCAAAGGAUCUUCUGUGACAACAUGGUGAGGCUCAGCACUUUCAGGUCCUAUCAGAUAGUUUUGGUCUUUGGAGCUGCGUUGGCAGUUGUAGCCUUUUACUACUUUGGAUCGGAGCAAGAGAACUUCUCUAGCACCACUAAGCGCAUUAAGCAAACCCAGACCAUCCAAAACAGCAACCGAAAUGAGGCCGAUCCAUCAGCGGAUCCUAGGCUAGAGCAGACCAGCAGAAGGACAGCAAGAGAACAGCUAGAAAAAAGAAGGGCCGAAGGAGGUUCUGAGGCUGUUCAGCACUACCAUAUUCUUAUGAUGUUUACCAAAGUGGAUAAAAGCAAGGCACUCCAGGAGAAAUUCGAGAUAGCCAUGAGGUCCAUGGUGAAGCAUGCUAGGUUCCUUGACAAGGAGAUUCUGGUCUUUCAUUUUGUGAGUGAUGAAGGCAGUAGAGAACUUGGACAGAAGAUACUUCCAGAGUUUCUCCAAGAUGCAUCUUUUCAGUAUGAGGUGGAGUUCCACGAUGUCACCGAGCUGACAGAGAAGCUCUUCCCCAUUGUGAAGGCCAUGCAGCUGCACUUCAGCGCUGGCUCAGGGGCCUACUACAGCGACGCCAUCUUCUUCCUGUCGGUGGCCAUGCAUCGCAUAGUGCCUGAAGACAUGAAGCACAUUGUGCAGCUGGAUUUGGACCUGAAAUUCAGGAGCAAUAUCAAGGACUUGUUUGAGGAAUUUGGACAGUUCCCGCCUGGCGCAGUGAUCGGAAUUGCCCAGGAAAUGCAACCAGUGUACAGGCACACGUUCUGGCAGUACCGCAGGGAGAACCCCAAGACUAAAGUCGGUGACCCCCCUCCAGAUGGCAAACCAGGCUUCAACAGUGGAGUGAUGCUCCUGGACUUGGAAGCCAUGCGGCAAUCGACUCUCUACAACCGACUUCUGGAGCCAGAGCAGGUGGCCAAACUGGCCGACCAGUAUCAUUUCCGGGGUCACCUCGGCGAUCAGGACUUCUUCACAAUGAUCGGCAUGGAGUACCCAGACCUGUUCCACGUCUUGGCCUGUGGCUGGAACCGGCAGCUGUGCACUUGGUGGAUGGAUCACGGCUACGGGGACGUGUUUGAACUCUACUACCAGUGCGUGGGACCCAUCCAUGUUUACCACGGCAACUGCAACACGCCCAUUCCUGAUGACUGAGCAGCACUAGUGUCCUAGUCAGCCAAGCAAUUCCAACGUCUACAGAUGUUAAUUUCUGGAGAAUAGCAUGAAUGUGGCCUUCGAGCAAAAGGAGGCAGAUGUCCCAAAGUAUCCCCAAUUGGUCUACUGAUGAAGUCUUCAUCUUCCGAAAAAAGAAUGUGAUAUUUAAGUUUUGUGUAGGAGUUCGUAAAGUGUGGACUAAUUAAGGAUAUCCUUCUGUAAAAUAGUAAGUAAUACAGGGGGGAAGUGCAAGGGAUUAAGUGUGAGAAAGGGGUGCUCUGGGUCUGCUUUGAAUAAUCACAAGCUACAGUGAGCUGGGGGGUGAAUACUGAAAUGAUUAAUUUCCACUUUUUUAACAUCAAAUGUAUUUUGUUCCUUGUCUAGCAUUGAAUGUUCUGAACAAAAGCAAAUUGGCAUGUGGUAUUUUGGUAGCUAAUUGAAUAAAAUAAACUGGCCUCUGUUUAUGUAGAUGACUUCAGACUGUCCACCCAAACGUGCCAGCAGUUAGUGUGGCAUUUUGUCACAUGUGAUUUAAUGCAGAAUUAUGUGGUUCCAACCAUGGAACAGGUUCCGCAGUUCUCUUCUAGACUAUUUUGGAACUAAGGCAGAAAAAACAAUUCUAGUUGUGUCAAAUAAACCACAAUAUAAUUAAUUGAUCUGUGAGUUUAUACAUAGGCAGGUGGACUGAGGUAGUAGCUAUACUUCUGUGUAGCAAUAAAAAUGCAGAAUAAAGCAAAAUAAAUGCAGAAUUGGUGAAAGUCCUGAAUUCUAAAGAAAGCGGUUGAACAAAUGAGGCUGGAUGAGUGGAAAAAUCAUGGCCAGUAUUAAGCUAAAUCUACUUUAUAGUUUGGUCAUAAUGUAAAACAGGAUGGUUUGCAGAAGCAGGUAGAAACUUGUGGGAAUUCUGCUUAAAAUUGCUGCAUAUCUGCAAGUACUGCUAUGAGGAAAUGAUUCAUCUUUACAAAACCAGAGAUCAUAUACGAAAUCAGAGAUAUAACUACUCUAGUAUCUACGGAUAUCUAAAGAGUAGGCUACAUGGAAUUAUGUAGUAGCCACAAUGUUGUCAUCCCCAGUUAAGAAAAAGCCUGUUUUACAUUCAUGUUUAUCUCUACAUUUACUAAGAGAUAAACACUAUAUCUUAGAAUGAAGUCUAGUGACUACUAGAUAUUACGUACCAUGCAAUGUAGUUAUGGAACUUAUUAUAUUAGGCUGGCCAUGCUUCAGUAAAAUUACUCAAGAUAGAAGGGGUAGAAGGUUAGGAACUUCUCAGCAGCUGUUUCUAAGGUCUUCAUUUUCCAACUUUAGUGUUUACAGUUACUCUAGUCUACAGAUGGUAUGUUGACUUGUGUCACUUAACCCUGAAAGCCGUACAUAUGAAUGCUGCUCAAUCAACACUUAUCCCAGUAAUUUAUGCGCUCUUAAUGCUUGUUUGGGUCCCUACCUAAAAAUGGUCUUAUCACUAAGACUUGUUACAUGUGGAAAAACCGACCCAACAUUGGAAGGUGCAGAGAAAACCCAUUCCAGGCCAUCAAGUGACUUUUCAUUGACGUCUCAGUAUUAUUCUGCAAUGCACUGGCACGGCAGUCGGCAUGAUGUGUGCAUUCGCUGCUGUGAGCCAAGUAAUCUCCAAAGAAAAAUGCUGGUACAUCUAUCUUUUGUGAAGACUCUCUGAAGGACAAUGAUGUAUCAAUUGAGAAAAUUUGCAGAAACGUGUCUUAUUCAAAAAAUGUCCACGUCUGCGGUUGAUAACAAAAUGCUGUAAAUGGAAUGAAUGAUGGAUGUGAAUAAUUCUCCUUUUUCUGUCUGUACCUUCUGUUUUCUACCUUCCUGUCUUUCUUUUGUGCAUAGUAAAAUAUUUUUUUUUUGUUCUCUUAAAAAUAAAAUUUCCACACAUGCUAAA